AUGUCACUUUUUGUAAAAGCAUACAUUCUUCUGAAUUUAAUUGAUAUAAAAACAGUUUUUUCAAAAAACGAAGAUUUUUUGGAUCUUAUUAAUUAUUCUCCACUAAAUGAAGACGAUUCAUUAUUUCCCCUUACUCAUAGGAGUGCACUUUAUGAUCUUCGUUUAGCAUAUCAAUUGCAAAAACUAGAACUUGAAAAUCUCUGGUACAAUUAUAAACAUGAUUAUUAUUAUGUUGCUGCUAUGUUGGCUCCAGGUCGAUUAUCUUAUUGUCAAAGUGACGUGAAUAAAAUAUGUACUGGUAUUAAGAAUAUGAAUGAAAGAAUUCAAGGAAUUUGUACAUCUAAAACAAUAUGUAAUCAUGCAUACAAUGAAAUAAUGAUGGGGAUAAAAAAAACUAAUGAAGAACUUUCAGACAAGAGAAUAACUGAGCAUGAUAAGUGUAACAAAUUACAAAUGAGAUGUUUUCUUUUCGAACGCCAUGGUAUGCAGUAUCUUAAUGAAAAGUGUAAAGAACUUAAAGAGAGCUGUUAUAAUAAAGUCCGUAUGGAAGUAGCAAGAACACUUCUCUAUGAUAUUUUAAGAGGAACUUCAAGUGAUUCAAAAUCUUGCAUAGGAAGAUUAAAAAAUGUAUGCCAAUUACUUAGUCAACAAAGCCCUGAAUUGCUUACUUUGUGUAUGGAUUAUACCAGAGUUUGUAAUGAAUUUACUUCAUACUCUCAAGAAGAAUGUAAAAAUUUUGGAACUCAAUUUUUAUCAAAACAGGGAAUAAUGACAGAAGAAAAUUGUGUAAAAUGGUUAGAAAUAUGUUAUUAUGUUAUCCCUGAUUGCCAAAAUCUCCACAGUCUAUGUCGUUCAUUUCGAAUGGAAUGUUCUGAAAAAGGCUUUUUCUAUAAUCCAAGAGGCCAUAAUUUUGAUCUUUUUAAAAAUCCAUCUACCGAUCUAGAUGAAACCGGUAUUCAACAUACCUAUGAAAAAUUGUGUGAUUUAGGUAUCCGUGUUACCGGAGUAGAGAAAUAUUCAGAAUUGCAAGUGGCCAACUUUUUGGUUCAAGAACAUUAUCCAGGAUACUUGGAAUGUAAAAAUGCGUUAAAUAAAAAAUGUUCCUUAAUACAAUAUUUAGAAUCAAUUAAACACAUGUGCAUUUCUAAAGAUUGGAAAGGCAACUAUAAUGUUUGUUAUAAUAUGUAUGCUGGAACUAGAGAUUAUUGUUAUUCUCUUAUAAAAAAAUUAAAAGAAGGUAUUAACUUUUGGUGGUAUCAAGACCUCCCUCUUUCGGAAAAAAAAUGCGAAGAGUAUCUGACAAUGUGUUAUUUCAUGUAUAAAACUAUUACUUAUUGGACAGGUUAUGAUGUUUGUAAAAAUAUACGACUCGUUUGUUACCAAGCAGAUUUGGAAAAAGCAGCUAAUAUGGCUCUAAUGAAAAAGUUAAAUAGAAAAUUAACAUUAGGAAAUAGUCCUGAGUCUUCAAGCAAUCAAAAAAACUGCGAAAAAGUUCUUGUACAAGAAUGCGAACAUUUUAUGUAUUAUAGUUACUAUAUACUAUAUAGUUGUCUGCACCCAAAAGAAACAUGUAAAAAUUUAACAGCUUUUGUUAACAGCAACUCCAAAGAUUUAGAAAAAAACUUAAAAGAUACUCUCAUGGAUCCUGACUAUGACAAGUGUAAAAAGUAUAAAAAAGAAUGUCAUAAAUUGGGAUUUUAUUUUCAAUCUACUAAAAAGUUAUGUGGAGAACUUAAUACUACUUGUAAAAAUAUAGAUGAGGAAAUACUAUUAGGAGUAAAUAUACUUAAAAAAGGCUCAAAUUUAUACAAUGAAUCUUCUUGUCUCAAACAUCUUACUGAACAUUGCACACAAAAUAGUUCGUAUUCACAUACAGCCUGUCGUAAUAAAACGAAAACAUGCAAUCACAUACUCAAGCGUGUUUCAGCAUAUUGUACACAGCUCUCACGCUAUCUAUCACAUUAUGAAGUUUCCAAUAACCAUAUAACUCAUAUCAGUUAUAGUCGUUGUGCUAGUUUCAAAUAUCACUGUAAAUUGCUUAAAAGCAGUUGUCCCGGAUCUUUAAACAACAUAUGUGCUGAAGUUGAGAAAAAGUGUAAUAAUACUUCAACUCAAACUAACGAACUUAAUAAUUUAAUUAAGGCUUUUGGCGAAGGAAUAUCCACUCAUGAAAAAUGUAAGAAAAAAUUACAUAAAAUAUGUGAAAAUUCUACUACAAAACAAAAAAUGAAUAUAUCAUGCACUAAUAUUAAUAAUACAUGCAAGCAUCUAAUAGACCAUUUAGGAAAAAUAUGUCAUGGACUUGCAUUGAAAAUUUUUAAAUUUUUAUCAACCCCUUCUAAUUCAGAGUGUGAAAAUUUGAAAUCCUUAUGCUCAUCUAUAGGAAAUUUUUGUAAUGGAAUUAACGAUAAAAUCAUUCGUAUAUGUAAUAGCACUAUGACUAAAUGCACUUCACCAGGCCCUCUACCUCCACAACCACAACCACCAUCAGAGCCGCCACCACCACCAGAACCAUUACCACCAAAACCGCCUAUACCACCACCACCAAAGCCAUCAGAACCAGAAUCAUCAAAACCAAUGCCAAAACCAAAACCAACAAAUUCAACUACAAGUUUACCGACUACAAAUUCAUCAACUGCAGCUUCGCCAACUACGCCAAGCUUUCCAACUACACUUAUACCAACUACAAACACAUCAGAUAUAUACACAUCAACUACAGCCACAUCGGAAACAAGUAUAUUAGAUACAAGCACAUCUACAGAUACAUCUACACGCACAUCUACACGCACAUCUACACGCACAUCUAAAGGUACAUCGACUACACGUUCAUCAACAUCCACGCGUUCAAGACCUAGACCAACAAUGUCACGGGAUGACUAUGAAGAAGGUUAUGGACUCAGAGCACAGAGAUUACAAAUGAUAAAAUUGAUUUUGGAAAUUGCAGGAAUAAUAUUGGGACUAUGGAUAAUUAUUUAA